AUGCGCAAGAUUUUGGCUCUGCUCUCUCAUGGCGAUGCUGAUUUUGGCGCUGCUCAACAUGGAUUUUCGUCCGCUGACAAUUCUCUAUGUGGUGGAAGUGGCAGCAGUUCUUCUAGUCUUCUUCCAGGCAAACAAGUCUCCAUCGACAAUCACCGUUAUACAAUCGAUGCUAUCAUCGCUGAGGGGGGUUUCGGGAUAGUCUAUCAAGUCCAUUCUCCCGACGGCAGCCAAUUCGCGUUGAAACGAACGCUUGUUAACAACGCGGCGGAUCUGGCCAGCAUGAAAAGGGAAAUCACCAUUGUUAGUUCGUUGAUGCACAAGAACAUAAUCAGUUAUGUGGCCUCUAAAGUGACGGAAAAGGAACCAGAAAUUCAUGAAAUUAUGCUCCUCACCGCUUACUAUCCAGGUUCAAUAUCCCAAGUGCUUGCAGAGAGACAACACAAAGGCCUCCGUUUUCUAGAGGUAGAAGUUCUGCGAAUUUUGGCGGACGUCUGCGAAGCUGUUUCCAGACUACAUCACUGCGAAACUCCUAUUAUACACCGGGAUCUUAAAAUUGAAAAUCUCCUCAUCGAUAGCCGAAAGAAUAUUGUUCUUUGCGACUUUGGCAGCGCUACUUCACGCAUUUUACAUCCCGCCAAACACGGCACUCUUAGGUGUCAAGAGGAGAUCGAAAAGUGA